ACAAAGAAGACAGUUGUAAAAUUGCAGUGUUCACAUUAUCUCGAGUGAAGGCGCUCUGACAUGGCUUUGACAUCAAGAAGUUGUCCACGUUGCUUGUUUGGUGGGCCUGCCACCACCAGCUCGCCAAAGAGCCUUCGUCAACCUACCGUGGGGCGGCCAGCACCAUUUCCUGCAUUGCGGUGCUGGGAUCGAGCGCCAGCAUCUACGGGGCAGUGUCGCCAACACCAUAUCGCACCGUGGAUUCCUUUGCACGUGGAAUCCAGCAGGGUGCUGAAACGUGGUCGAGCCAAUUCAGCCGGUUCCUCGUACAAAGGUGGUUCUAUGGACGUUUCCACGCAUGCAACUAGAGGAGAGGCGCUUGCGGCAAGUGCAAGUAAGGAGGAAGACGGUUUGGAGAACAUGUUGCGGCAAACUGGGUGGACGAAGGUGAAGCAGCUGACAGUCCAGGAGCAUUGGCAGUUGAGUGACGCACACAAGAGGAACUGGCAUGGCCAGUGGACGCGGUACAUUGCAACACCCUCCGAAACAGGGGCGACGACUUACACGAUCCAAGAGAACAAGUACGGCAUCCGAAACAUUGAGUGGGCAAACGCAGAGAAGACAGAGACGUUCCAUCAGAACCACUACUUCAGCGAGGACUUCGCGCCCCUGCGGAGCGCUGGCCCGUGGACUAACACGGUCGCCGAGAGCACCCCUGAGGGCGUGACUCACGCCGCCUCUGCGGCGGCGACCACGCUCUAUCUCCCGGGCGGCAGCGCCGUGUGGGCGUCCAAAGCCGUUGAUCUGAAUGCCAAGCCGUUCAGUUUGGCCGCGGAGCUGUUUCUAAGACCAGACAACAACACGCGCGUCAGCAUCAUUCCCUUCUACAACGGCGCCGCCUUCGCCGGCGUGACGCUGGUCCGCGAAGAGGCGCGCGAACCUGCGGACGCGCUCGAGCUGCGUCCGAAGAGCGGCGAGCCCUUUUGGACGUACGAACUGGAGCUCCCCUCCGGACGCAGCGACGUCGCUGCUGAGCUCAUUGGCACUGAGACGCUCAUGAUGGGCCAUGGUUUGACGUUGUAUGAACGGGAGGGGAGGUUUGGGGGUUACGGGGGCGCGCAGCGUGGGGCGUCUUUGGGUUCCGAAGGUUUUGGACCGUGUUUAAAUGAUGCGGAGUAUGUGAAUGUGCGGUUGCCCGAGAAUCUCUCAGUGAGGUGUCCAAAGAGAAUAAUCGAAGGCCAAGGGUUUGAGAUGUCGGCGGUGCUCGUCUCGGUGGAUGGGAUGGGAGCGUCUCAAUGCAAGGUCAUAUACGGUGAAGACUGGAAGUUGAAGGGUGUCAUAUAUGGCACGUAUUUUGCAUGAAGAUAUGCUCAAGCUGAGGCUGUAUUUUGUGGAGAAUUCAAAAGUGGACAGUCUUCUAUUGACGACUGCGGCUGGUUGUGGUGGUUGCAUUCGUAAGCCUCGAGCCGGCCACUCAUGAUGCCACGUUGUCGAUCAAGUUGGAAAUCGGCAGCCUGGCUUGUGCACAUGGUCGAAUUUUCCCGGCC